GAACCACGAGUCUAUUUCGACAAAACGAGGUACAUGGUGGAUGAAAAUACUGAUAUUUGUCAAGUUACUGUGAAAAGAGCUGGCAGUGAUCUCACUAGACCUUCCUCGGUAAUAAUCAGGUCAAAGAAAACAAAUCCAGUAUCUGCAAAAGGUACAAGAUAUAGAGUUUAAAUACUAUACGCUUUAUAAUGCAUAAUACUCACCUUGUGAUCGAUGUGUUUUAACCGCUUGAUGCAUGUGAACACGCGCCACUGACUUCACAAAGUGCUCAAUUUACUUUGAGCUACAUUUACAAAUGGGUUGCAAGAUCCAGAAAAAUUGCCUCGUGUAACAUGCCUUUGCUCUCAACCGCUCUUGCAAGGCCCACAAUUUUUUAUGUUUCACACAAUUUUGUAUCUUUCAAAAUAUUUUCAAUUCUUGUUUUUCCAUAGGCGGCCCAUUUAUAAAUGUUGUUAAUUUACAUAAAUACUGCAGUAAAAAUUGUUAAAGAAAGUCAGAACAUCUCAAAUUAGUGAACUGUGUAGCUUAUUGAAGACAGGAUUAAAGAUAAUCACUUCGUGCGACUCAUUGCAUGGACAGCGAUAUGACGUAUAUAAAUAGUAUCCUUAAAAUAGGAUAUUAUUAAAAUAGGAUAAGUGUAAAAUAAGAUAUUAUUUAUAUGCGUCAUAUCACUGUCCGUGCAAUGAGUUCGUUCAUUUGAGUAUUAGCAGUAUAUAGUAUAUAGCAGUAUUUAUGUAAAUUAACAACAUUUAAUGGCCGCCUAUGGUUUUUAAGGCAAAUAUGCAGCAUCUUGCUCAGAAAAUACAUUUUCAAGAAUUUUCUCGUCCGGCAAGCCAGUGUACAGCAUAGGACAUGCUUCAUAAAAACUCAAAAGCUGUUGGAGAUUUCGCUAAAAUACAAUCUUUUAUAUCGGCAAACAUUUUGGGAAAAGGCAUUCAACAACAGACUGAAAACGUUUAUAACCCAAAUUUUGAGAUGAAAUAAAGAAAGUAUUCUAAUCACCAAUUAAAACACAUUUAUCAUGCAAAGGUCCUAUUAUAAUUUUAAUAGACCUUAUGCAUAAUGACGCACAAGGCUUGAUGCCCGCGAGGAAUGCUGGUCUUAAUAGUCAUCGCCCGGGAAAAUUUCGAUGGUGGCCAUUUUGAAUUGUUUAAUUUUCCCGGCGAUGACUACUAAGACCAGCAUUCCUCGCGGGCAUCAAGCCUUGUGACGUCAUUAUGCAUAAGGUCUAUUGAACUGUACAAAUAGUACAAUCUUCGUGCUAUUGGUAAUGUUGGCUGAUGUUGGCAGACGUUGGGUCAGAUUUGACUUUGUUCAAAAUUUUCAUCCAACAUUUCCCAACAUUGAUGAACAGGCACUAUAUAUAUAUAUAUAUCUAAUAAAUAUAAAAUUGUAUUCCAGCUAACAUGGACUACAUUCCUGUAUCGAAGACUUUAUAUUUCUCCCCUGGUGUUCGGACACAGACCGUAAACAUCGUCAUAUUGGACGAUCUUGGCCAGCCAGUUCGUGAAGGUCCUGAGUACUUUGAGUUAGCUUUAGCUCUGCCUAUCAACGCCCGUGUUGCUGUGCCCGAGAGAACUUUUGUUGUCAUUAAUGAUACUCAUUCAGAUUGUAAGUAUUAACAUUCUGUUAAAGUUCUGACAAUUACUGAAAUCUUAUUGUAUUUGAGGCUUGAGAGAAGAACAUGCACAAAAUUCUCAUUUCUGAUUGGCUGAUGGCUAACAUAAUCUCAUUGCAAAACAGUUCAAAAAUUGUAAUUCAGUGCCACUUUCCCAAAUUUAUUUUGUGGAAAGAUUUUCUUAUUAAAAUCUUCAGUCAUGUUUACAUUAUUUUUCUAAUACACAGACCUACAUGGUAUUACCAAAAUGUUAUUUCAUGAAUACUUGUGCAGGUUGAAAAAAGCCGCGCUCGUUCGUUUUCCACGACUUCACUCGUGCACUUUUUCCCAAUUGCAGUGUAAAGCAUGAACCUACUGUACCUGUACUCAUUGUAGAGCCCAUCAUGCCUGAUCAUGCGAUUUGGAUAUUUGCAGUGCGUACCAAGGCGUAUCCGUACAAUCCAUUACCUCUUAUGACUAAACUAUGGCCACCUACAGUGCAUACAGUACAUGCAGAAUAACUAUAACUCACUCUAAAAUUUUGUAUUUUCCCAGUACCCAGAAUUCAAUUCAAAGUUCCACUCUAUACUAUCGAUGAAGAAGAUGGAAUGCUAUCUGCAAUACUUGUGCGCAGCGGUGACUUAAGUCAACGGUCAGCUGUGCGAUGCUAUACACGGCAAAUGACUGCAAAAGCUGGUGUGGAUUAUUACGAAAGGUCAAACAGUGACGAUGAUAUUGUGACAUUCGAAGCUGGUGAGAGAACCCAGGAAUGUCGAGUUGCCAUUGUUGAUGAUUCACUUUAUGAAGGAAAUGAGGAAUUUCGCUUGGUGCUUGGACAACCUGAACUUCAACAUAGUGUGGGUAAAAGUUUGAUUGGAAAGAGAUCCCGGACUACCAUCAGAAUCGCCGACAAUAAUGACCGUAUGUUUAACAACUAUUAUUUUUAUCUUUCCUGGGUGGUUGUAGUCUCCCUAUAGGGAAAUGAGUAAUGACUGCUAACAACACGAGCCAGUCUGCAACCAUUAAUUCCAAUAGACUAUUUACACGAGCUGAUGUUCGAUUCCUGCCAGGGGGCCUAUACUGUAGUUGCACUUUCCGCAACUGCUUCAGGUUAGGUCUGAUAAAUGUAUAAAAAUUCGCACUACAAAACCCACCUACGAUUAGUUAAAUCGAGUGUAUAUAGAUGCCCAAAAAUCCUGGGGCCGGUUGCAUAAAAACGUAGUUACCGCUAUAACUGCAGUUAAAAAGUAGUGAAAAAGUAGUUAACUUUAAUCACGUUUCGACUAAACUAUAGUCAUCAUCAGGAAAUGAAUGAUGAUGAUAUUACAUAUGUACAAGUAUAUAUAGUAUAUAUACCCGUAUUAAAGAGAAUUCUUCUCUUGACUCUUCUGAAAUAUAUAACCAUAUUACUAGCUGUAAUGAAUUCAAUUUUGUAAUAAACCUACUCGAACUAACACCUAAUGACGAAGUUAAUAACAUUAAAUGUUCAAUAACAGAUUUAAUAUUUACUAACACUAAGAUAAUAAUUAAAUCCAAUCACUGGUCGUUGAUACUUUAUCAAGAGUCUAUUGCUAUUAAUAGAAUGAAACCGUCCCUAAACCAUGGAACUAAAGCCUCUAAAGAUCUAUUAGUAUUUAACUAAUCGUAUCUUGUUACUUCACUACAGUAUAUAUACUUGUACAUAUGUAAUAUCAUCAUCAUUCAUUUCCUGAUGAUGACUAUAGUUUAGUCGAAACGUCGAAAUAAAUUUUUCAAAAUGCUUUCAAUUUUCGGAGUAUCUAUUGUUUUGUAUUUUAUCAAAAUACUCGAGUAGUGGCUCCCGUAAUUUAAUCACGUAGUUAAGCCGGUUGUAUAAAAGUGUAGUUAACCUUAACUGCAGUUAAAAAGUAGUUAAAAAUAAAAGUAGUUAAACUAUCCAAAACGUAGUUAAAAAUGGCGUUUGUAUAGGAGUGAACAACAUUUUCAGUAACCUCGUCCAGUUAACUCAACGAAUACAUAAAUAACAGCUUCUACUGGGGACUAAUAUCUGCCGGACAUAUUAAUGUUACUGAAAACAAAAUUCGUUAGUUGGUAAUGUGUUUCUAAGAAAUAAAUUGUUCACAAAAAAUAUAUUUCACCAGGGUCUGGAAUUGGAUUCGAGCAGAAAAGACAUUUUGUUAAUGAACCAUCUGAUGAAGACGAGGGAAGCUUUGUGAAAUUGGUCGUGGUACGAAAUGGUGACACGUCAAGGACCUCGCAAGUCCGCUUAUACACAAAAGAUGGUUCUGCUAAAGCCGACAUGGAUUUUGCACCUCUGAGUAAAGUGAGUAGAUUAUUUCACCAAUAGAAAAGAUACUGUAUUUGAAAUGUUUACUGCGACAGGUUCGACUUGAGUACUGGGCUUUCGAUUUACCUAAUGUUAGGACAUCCUCUAUCAGUCAGAAUCGGUGCAUACCAACAUCCCUGUCUCUCGCCCAAAAGGAAGCAAAUUAGAGGCCUGUCAUCUGUGAGAGAUUAGGUUUAUCGCGCGCAGGAGUUGUUGGGUGCAAGUAUAAGAUUUUUAUGUAAAGUUUAGAUUAAGCUGUGUCAGGAAGAUCCAGACAAGCCAGUUUAAUAUCGUCAAAUGCCAGACGAUUUCACUUAUCAAGUUGAGAACUCUAUCUCUCUCCCGUAGAAAUGGAUGAAUCAGGUGAAUAAAAAAUGCUUCACCCUUUUAUAGCUUUCUUGCGUUUUGAUAGUACUUUAGUACUUUUUAAAAUUCUGAUUUGUUCUUCCUUUCAUUACGUUUGCAUAUUUCAUUUAAGGUUUUAACCUUCGGUAAAAAUGUUACGCGACUUCAAGUGAAGAUAAAGAUCCUGCACGACGAAAAGCGUGAAAUGAGAGAAGCAUUUACAGUACAUCUUACCAAAGAUCGCAAUCGUGUUGCUUUGAUUGAGAGUGAUAAAGUGAUCGUGUAUAUUCAAGAGAACUUGUACAGGACUGGCGUGACGUUUCCACUUACUCCAACAGUUGUAUCGUUAAAAGAUUAUGAUGAUAUAAGCAAAGCAAAAGCUGAACCUAUACAGGGGUACCCAUUGAUUUGUGUAACGGUUAGUAUAACCUAUAACAUUUUGUCCAAUUAAAGUACCGAAAAUUUGGGCCUUAUUUUAAAAUAAAGCCUUAUUUUGAAAACUGUAGCACUUUUGUGGCACUUUGAUGUAACUGUUGGUUUAUUUUGAAUAGUGUGGACUAAAUAAUUCGUGGUUUAGAAUGCCGGUGGCACAAUAAGCCAGUUCGGAGUUGCGACUGUAUCCAAAGUUCCCAAUUUAAUAACAAAUUGUAGCUAUAUAUGUAGUCGAACUGCAAUGUAAAGUGAUAAAGAAAGAGUAAGGGCAAAGAGAAAAAACUCUCUGCGUUGAUUAGGUGUGCUUCAGGAAAUAUACCUUCAAAAAUGACAGAAGUCUGGCUAGGGCUCGCUGUGCAACUAACGCUAAACCACAUCAUGCUGUAUGUUUAACCCUUGUAUCUCUUUAAGAAGGUCCAUGACCCUACAUUUUUAUGAGAAAAUAUAUCAGAAAAUAAGAGAAAAAUCAUUUCUACAACUUAUAAUAUUUUACAUUUUUCGCGCAUGCUUCCCAAAAUAACGUGUCUGAGAAGAUGGGAAAAGACAUCUUUGCACCACGACAAUGCACGUCAAUGGUUUUUGAUUCACUAAAAUACCAUGUUUUCUUCUAUAUAAUCACUAGAUAGACAUUUAUAGUAGGAUCCUUGUUACAAAAAUUGAAUAGGGUCAAGAUGGUGCCAUAUGGGGGGAAAGGUGGCAUAUUGCAUUUGUUAUAUCUUCAAAACGAGUUCGGUGACACCAACUUUUUUCUGUUUUUACUAUGAGCAUAUAAUAAACGUCAUAAACGUCAGCAAAUUCUCGUUUCCAGAACAAUUACUGAUGAAUCACCAAAACUGAUUUUAAUGACAGUUUUUCAUUUUUUGUAAAAGCAAGCGGUUUCUGGACGUUCGACUCGCUUGAAAUUUAAGUAAUAAAAAUAUUCCCCCAAAAUACAAAAUUUGCUAAAUAACUUGGACAUAUUCUUUUUACUUCAUCAGUGUGCAUAAACAGGUCUGUAUGUGGAAAGUGUUUUGAAGAACUAACCAUUUUUUUAAUUUUAGGCCUGUGAUCCUAAGCAUCCGCGAUAUCCCGAAACAGGCUCACUGUGCAGCAGACAAUCUAUUGACAACACUAAGACGUGGUACAGCUGGGAAGUAGCAGCCGCCACAGGACCUGACGCAGUGACAAACGAUUUUAGAUCAAUCGACUCUCAGACAUUCUUUGCCAGUACCUCUAUGAUAACCCUGGAUAGUAUAUACUUCGGUCCAGGUAGUCGUGUGCGCUGUACUUCUCGAGCUAUUACCUACCAGAAUUAUAAAGGUUUAGGCUCGACAAGUGAUCCAGUCACAAUAAGUCGUAAAGAAGGUUUGUGUUUACCACAACAAAUGGGAGACAUUGGCUCUGAAUCAUUUUCUGCCCAAAUCACUUACACAGGAUUGGAAAGCACUACCCAUCCUAAUAUGAUCCGCAUUCGUAUCCUAGUGCCCCAUAUUGAUGGCAUGCUUCCUGCUUUAUCCACAAAGUCACUAUCGAACUUUGAGAUUACAUUAACCGCUGACGCCUCGCGCCGUGGACAGCACCUUUGUUCCAAUCUACUGGAUACACACGAAGUUCAAACGAAAAGUGGAUUUUUAACCGACCACGUGACUCGUAUGUCCGGAGGUACAGAGCCGUACCAGUAUAGCAGUGAGCUACGAGGCAAGUCAACGUUGCGGUUUUACCACAAUCUAAAUCUAGAGUCGUGUAUGUGGACAUUUGAAAAUUAUUACACAAUGUCUGAACUGGUUCAAGAAUGUGGUGGUAAGAUAGCAACUGAUGGUCAAGUACAUGAUCUUACACGUUCACAUUUGUCUGUACGUGUCCCGUUGUAUGUUUCGUAUAUCUACCAUUCUCCCAGCGCUCUUGGCGGCUGGAUGCAUUUUGAUCACUCCUCCUAUCUAAAGAUGUCAUUUACCUAUGAUACGGCGGUAUUAUGGAAGGACGGGAUUGGUACACCUGAGGGGUCUGUACUGAAAGGUUACCUGUAUCCCACUGGGGUUGUUAUUCGUCCGCAGGACAAACGACUGGUGGUGACGUUUAGAACAGUCGCAAGGUUUAGAGGAACUUUCAUUCUUGCACGUGAAGGUAUGUAAAUUUCGCAUUGUCGUUAAUAAUAGACAGUUCGUUUUAUUUUUACUACAGUAUAUCGUGGAAAAUAAGAAGGAAAAAAACAAGAUUAGAAAUUCAAUUGGAGAACAAUACAACUCAUUAUCUAUGUUGGUCUAGUUUUAUACCAUGUUUGGUGCUGUUUAACUAAAGUAUAUAUAGAUAAAGUACAAUACCCACGUGACAGGGUAGGAUCAUAUUUUUGUAUAAACCUACAGAGUUGUAUUGUACUUUUAUCACCAUUUGGAAAUGUGUAUUUAGUAAAUAUGGCAAACGAAAAAUGUUAUUAACGUUUCAGAUCAAAAUAUAUUGUCAAUGGUCAUGUCACCUGAUCAACCAAACCUCAGCUUUCAGUUGAAGUUACUUCGCAGUGCUCCAACGUACAAUUCUCCUGAACAGAUGUGGCAGUUUGUGUCAGAGUUCUCAGUUCGUGACUACAGUGGAACGUAUUAUGUUAAACUCAUCCCUUGCACUGUUACUCAGGUAAAAUAAAAAAAAUUGUCUGUUUUUUCUUCUCAGUUUACAUAUGCUCUCCCAUUAUUGAGUUUUUUUUGCGACAACUUGUAUUGCAAUACCCAUGCUUAAAUCUUCUUAAAGAUAAUGCCCCUUUUAAGUACCAGUUGGUAGGAGGAAAAACGAAGGGAGUUGAACUAGUAACAAUAGAAAUCCAGCUUUCCCUUUAAGAAACAGUUUGGGGCAGAAAUUCAUAUACAUAUACGUACAAAAGAGAUAUUCAGUAAUUUUAAACUGAAAAUGGAUUUUUAUUUCACGAAGGGAUUUUGUAGAUGAAAAAUUCGGGUAAUUUUUAUACAUUUAUUAGACCUAACCAGGAGCAGUUGCGAAAAAUGCAACUAUCGGUCCUCUGGCAGAAUCGAACCUCCCUGCGAUUCCGGUGCAGCGCUCUGACCAACUGAGCUACAGAGAGACAGUUGUCGAGCUCUAACUACAAAUUCAGGUAUAAAUACUAAGGUGAUGCCAAUGUACGGUGUAUGGGUAAAUAUCAGGAUAUUUAUUUGACGAUACUCCAAGUUCUCUUCCAUUUUUAAUAGGUUAUUAAAUGUUUACAUCUGUAAUAGUUUCGAUAUUCGUGUAACUGGUUAUUUUAACUCUAGUUUCACUGAAGAAUAUAGACUCCAGUCUUGCUGCUCUUCACCUGUCCGACUAGGAGCCCUCGUUUCUUCCAAUUUUUGUCACUUUUUAUUUGCUUUUCAUAACAUGCUAUACGAGUUCAUUUUUCCGUAUUGUUUCUUUUGCAGAACGUAAAAUAUUCUGUUCCACUGAAAUGCAAUCCAAGAAUGCCCAUCACUUUCACACUGCCGAUCAGAUUUCAGCAGACAAGUGACCCGGAUGCUGUAGAAUUUAAUAUUCGUACCCAGUUCUUCCUCCUUGCUCGGCGAGACGUGUGGUUGUCGAAUGAAACAAACAAAGUGAUGGAACAAUCGGACGCUGCGUUUUCUUUGGGUAUACUGAAACUUUAUAUUCUUUUUUACAUGAGGCCAUUUGUACAAAGGCCGAAUAUCCGAUAGCGUUAUCUACCAUGCAGAUAGUGUUCUUUUUAAAGUUUUCAAAAAUUGGCCGUUUAUUGGCGUGAUCCAAAGUCCGCGUUGACGUUUAGUAUUUAUAAAUUAAUGUUUUUAUGGAUUAAGAAAAAUCACCAACCGAUGGAUGUGACAAUUGGCCUUUGUGCAAAGGCCAAUUCAAAGUACAAAGGAUUUCAAAGAUCAAUUCGUUUUUUAAACCUAGCAGGUUGCUGGGAAAUGAGUUUUUAACCAAUACGACUGAAUUUGACUAAUAAUAUAAAACGCGAUUUUGUGGUGUUUUUCGUUUUUGUUUCGCGAUUUUCUACAUGUAUUCAUGUUUGUAAAAGCCGACAAACUAUGUCUACGGCGCCCUGAAUUUGGCCUUUCAACAAGUAGGCCAGUUAUUUCUUUUUUUCCACGUUUAUUUCCGUUUCCUAGGAUACGGGACCCCGAUUGCGAAUGAUGAAUAAGGUCUAUUAAAAUUAUUUUGAUCACUAGCUGCCAUACUAUAAGUUCAGACCAUCUUGUUUCUUUAGGUUCAAUUAUCUACGGUCGUAUAAUGGUGGAUCCUCAACAAAGUCUAGGAAGUGCUUACCAUGUUUCAGUUGAGAAGAUAUUUGUAUGUAGCGGACUUGACGGUUACAUUCCUCAGUAUAGCCCCGAUAAUGAGGAAUAUGGAUGCCUAGCUGACUCAAAAUUACUGAGUUAUCGCUUUAAAAUUUUGGUAAGUUUAUUUUAAAUUUUGGUAAGUUUAAACUCCUGCUCGUGUAAAUGCUUAGAUAACUUGCUUUGUCCAGCAUUUCCAUUCUCGACGGGGUUUUUUCUUUCACCCUUUUUACCGUUUUCAAAACUUUUAACUUCAAUUUCCUUUGUAUUUUUGUUUUCUCUUGACUGUCUCUUCUUCUCGCUGGCUCUCUUACAACAAGGGUUCGUACGAUCCAAUGAAAACCAUAAAUAUUUCUUGUUUGGACUUUCAUACUAUUUAAAAUUUAGUUGAGUUCAGCAAUAUUGAAUAUAUUUCAAACAUAUAAACAUAAAACAUUCGCUGCGUAGCAGUUUACUUCCAUCUUUUUAUCAUAAGUCGUCUUUCUAUCUUAGGGACAAUUUGUUUGAUUUGAGAAAUUUUCUGCAUAUUCUGAAAUUUUCUCCUUAUAAUUAUUUUGUUUGUGUGGAAAUACCACGAAUAUUUAUUGAACAAAUAAAUAUGCGUGGUGUUUCGAAAAACAAGUGAAUAUCUGGGAAUAAAACCGAAUAUCUCUGGUUUAACUUACCCUUUAAGUGAAAUUAAAUUAACCUUUCUCAUGCCGCCAUUUUUGGGUGGCAACCUUUUUAGAACAGGGAUAGUAAGUAGUGAAAAUGAAACUUUCUAUAACUAUAGUUGUAAGUAUAUAAUCAUUAUAAAUCGAUAUACAGUUAAAUAUUUGAAAAAUUAUUUUCACAUCACUUAGAUUUGUCACGUUGUUUAUAAAAUAAGUACCCAAAAAUGGCGGAUUUAGACCUUCAUGAGAAAGGCUAAUUCACUAUACCCCAUGCAAUUAAAGAAACUGCUCAUGUGUAAUUAUAUGAUGUAUCCAAGCAUUCAUAAUCAGAGGUAACCAUUUGUUCUGAAUCAUAUAGGAUCGUGGAGCUCCACAUAUGAUCACACGAAAGUUUCGUAACGUCCCAUUUGCGGCCACAUUGGCCAUUGAUGACGAAAACGCUCAUGUUUUGGUGGAACAAUCAAACUCAGACGGUUUCAGAUUUGACAGUUCUCCGUUGUUUCAGGUAAUUUUAUGUUAGAGAAAUCGUACGUGUACGUCUGGACGAAAUUGGGCGGCGCAUUUCAUCUGCCCAAUUCACAUCUACUGUAGGACACCAUCGAUAUGUACAAUUCUAUAAACCUUUGAAAAAUGAUCACAUCAGCAACUCCAUCUAAAAGAGAGAAAAUAUACUGGUUUUUAUAAAAUAUACUCAACAGUUUUCGCUUGAAACGUCGACAGAUGUUUUCUUUUUUACAUCAAGUGGCUGACGUGAUCAUUUAUGGAAAUAUUUAUAUUGUACAUCACGGCUGACGCACAAUUAAAUAUGACGCACAAAAACAUUUUUAUCCAUUAACUCAGGUUGCUAGCGGUCGUCAGUGGUAUCUGCAUGCCAUCUAUACAAUCCGAUCAUUCAGGAGUUCCACUCGAGGCAUUGGUAAACGAAGCACUGUGAUUGGUGAAUCCUCUCACAUGGUGCAUUCCUUAUCAAAACGAUCCGCUACGAAAUCUGCUAAGGAUUCACCACAAGGAGCCGCUUUGGUACGUUCCAUUAAAUUAGUGUACAAUGACGACAUAACUGACAACGGUCCAGGAGGGAUUCGUAGGGAUGCGAGUGAUGAUGGAAGCAGUUCGUUAUCUAUGAAAUGGGUUCUAAUUGUAGUUAUUACCGUUUGUUUCAUCUUAUUGGUUGCUGUUAUAGUCCUGAUGAUGUUGUAUAGACGUAAAUCUCGACCGGUUACUACAAAGGUCGUCGAGCCGGGUGAGCAAAUGCAGGGAACUGAGGUCUAGUUUUGCAUAGAGGCAACUACAAUAGAGUCUCUUUAAAUGAAGCAGAGUACAUUCACUCAUCACGUGACAGGCUGUUGUCCGUCAUCCCAAAUAACUGCUCGUGGAAAGCGUGAUAAUUAUCAAAGCCUACAGCUUGUUCAUUAGUUUAUCGAAGACAAUCGAAUUAUAUAGAAAAUAUGUAAAAAGUAUUUAACCCUUGCGAGUUUUUCGAGUACAGUUUUGAACAUAGUAUUGAAGAAGGGUGACGGACCUGCUGCAAACAGAGGACAUCUAUUUUUAUCAGAUGUAUGGACUGGUUCUACGAAGCCCGUUUAGAUUGAAUGGUAGAUUACGUAGCUGAACUAAAAUCAAAGAACAGUCUCGCGCAUCUAAAUUGAAAACGUUCUAUGAACUAUAGACCUGAUGAACUACAUUUCAUAUAGUUAAUGUAUUCUAUAUAUGGUUUGGAGACUCGAUGGAAUUCUUUAUCUAUUUUAGUCUAGGUUUAUGUAUAAAUGUGCUCCUUGUUCGUCAGGUGCGUAUUGUAUUGUUGACAAAUCAACCAGUAGCAAUCUUCAAACUAACCAGUUGUUCGAGUCAUGGGCAGAUAUAAAAUGAACAAGAACCACAUUGCAUAAACCAAGACAAAAACAUAGAUAACGAGUUAUUGUACUUCCAUCCAGUCUGUAAAUCGUAUAUUGCAUUAAUUAUGUUUAUUUCAGUCUCAAUUUUUCUUCUCAAUUUGAUCCGGUUUAACUAAACGGACUUCGUACUGUACCAACGAUCCAAUAUCAUGAUGAUAAUAAUAAACCAGUUUGUAGUUUUUACUGUGCAUCCAGCUGACUCGUUCUGAGUCAAGAUAAAAUUGCAGUUGAAUCUUAGCAUGUAGCUGAAAUAUUUAAAAUACGUAUAUCAAAGUAUUGCUUGUUUAAUCGACGCAUGCAAAAACUGCUUGCAAAAACUGCUUGUUUUCUAGAGAGAUUUUUAUUUCAACUAAGUUGGAUGCCCAAUUUGGAACUGGCUUAUUGUACGAUUAUACAGUUGAUUUUGUUCUCUCAUGUAUGUCUUGCGUCCAUUUCAAAAAAUUGUUUUUCGUAAGGAAUUCGAGACAUUUUUCAUGGCAAUUCAUAAUUUUGUCAAUGACAAAGACGAAAUGACCAUAUCUCGAUUGACUUUAUAUUUCGCGACUUUCAUGAUUCAAGGAUUGUAUCCUAUUGGAUAUAUUUACUGUCGAUUGUUAACUCAAUUGACUAUUUAUAUGAAAAUGCAUAUAUUAUAUAACUGAUGUAAAGAGAAGCUAGUGUCGUUUUGUUUGUGAAAUUAGUGAGAAGCGUAAUUUUUAAGUAAUUGUUUACGUGUAGAUGAGUCUGUAUGAUGUAGUCUUGUGUACGUGUACGUGUAGAUGACGUUGACUGCUAACCGGACAUAGUACUACAGCGUGGUACCCUAGAGCAUGCGCAAAACAUUUUCAAGUGCACCACAUGCGCGCAGACAUCUAUUUCUGAAAAAAUACCAAGGC